CGAUCGAUGUUUAGAUGCAGUUCAGAUAUAUAUGUAUGGCAAAAAGGAUUGAUUGGAAGGGAGCUGCCAACAGCCGUGAGGCCAGUAGUAUACUAUGAAAGCUUUUCCCAUCUCCUCCUGUCCUGUCCGCGGCCCGCCAGGCCAUCCAUCCAUCCAUUCCCUUCAUUACAACACAGACGUCGUCGUAUCGCCUUUCUAUCCCUUCCCUUCCUUCAUAUUGUUUGCAAAGUAACGCCUCUCGAAGUUGACCAAAGACAAUAAACUAAUAGAUAAAUAGGCGUACUCAAGGUUGAGUCAUUAAGGACAGUAAGAAGUAGAGUACAGGCGGCCAGGUCUCCACCACACCUAGUCCAGGAAAAGAAUCAUAAAUCGUAGCCUUGAAGCUGCUUUCUGACGUCC